AUGUUUACUGACGGCAGCAAACUGGAUGGAGGAGACGUCGGCUGCGCCGCCGUCAUAUACCUACCUAACGGCAAAACCAUCUGCCUGAAACGAAAACUAGGCCGCACCACUUCAGUAUUUAUAGCUGAGCUAACUGCCAUUGAGACCGGCCUAAAGUGGUUAGUAACAUCAAAAUGGCACCAAGAUGUAACCAUAGCGACAGAUAGUCUGUCGUCGCUUAAAGCCUUACAGGAUCGGGGAAACCCUGACCCAUCAGUGGUUUCCAUCCACACUGCGCUCAGACUGGUCAGGCAGAACCACGGCACAAACGUGAAAUUCAUUUGGGUCAAAGCCCACUGUGGUAUAGACGGUAACGAAGCUGCCGACAAAGCUGCAAAAGAAGCGGCCUCUCAAAGGACGGCCACCAGUGUGAACGAGUUCCCAAUUUCGUUUGCAAAGUACAUCAUCAGGAAGCGUACGCAAGCCAAAUGGCAAGAAGAAUAUGCCAGUGCCGCUAUACACUCCAACAUAUUCCGAUGGUUUACAACAGUGGGCGAGAUUGCGGAGUUCCGUAAGCAUGUGGGGCCGUCCUUUGAAAGCUCGCAGAUUUUUACUGGCCACGGUUUUCACAAAUCCUACCUACACCGCUUCAAGAUCAUAGACAACCCCUACUGCCCCUGCGAUGACUCCAGCUUACAGGAUAUUGACCAUCUCAUGCGAGACUGCCCAAUAUUUAGCAGACUCCGGCAUGAGCACGAGAUGACAUGCAACAAUUUACGGAUUGACCCCUAUAAACCACAACAAAUCAUAACAAAAUCCCAACCAAUCGUCACGUUCAUAGCCCUCAUUAACUCAAUAGUCCAUCAACUCAAGGGGAUCAACAAAACAUAG